AUGCCUCCAAGGUCAUUCAAGAAGCUUGUCAUUGCCGUGAGCGGCACCUUUCCCGGCUACAAACAAGGUCGGGUUUUCUGCGCAGUUCAAUUCUGGAGAUCCCAGUAUAGUACAAACCGUGAGCUGACGCGUGAUUAUUCUGCAGCCGACUUGAAAGCGAUUGUAGAAGGCCAUGGUGCUACUUUCACUUCUUCAGUCAGUACGGACUGUACGCAUCUGGUAACUACCCAAAAGGAUGUCGAUAAGAAUAGUACCAAGUACCAGCAUGCUUGUGGCUUACAGAACUGUGAAGUAGUCUCCCUGGACUGGCUGCUUGAUUCAAACAAGACAAAGAAACCGGUCUCAGAAACGUCGUACCGUUUCUCGUCAUCGAACAACGCCCAGAACAACCAGGCUGACAGUGUUCCUGUUAAGACGGAGAAGAAGCGAAGCGUCAAAGCCGUACAGGAUGCUGUUGAUGAUGAAGUCAACAAGAAACGUAAGCAUGUCGUGGAGGAUGCGCAAAUGAUCACCUCAGAAAAGGCCGCCAAGGUCAAGGUAGGGGUGGACGAAGGCUUCCACCCUAGCGAGCCCAUUUGGAAAGAACCUACAGUCUUCAUUGAUGAUUCGGGUCUUAUCUGGGAUGCUACGCUGAAUCAGACCGUGUCUGCCGCGAACAACAAUAAAUUCUACCGCAUCCAGGUGCUGAACUCCAAGGACGGCUCCAAAUACCAGACCUGGACUCGCUGGGGCAGGGUCGGGGAACAUGGGCAAUCUGCAUUUCUGGGCUGCGGCACCCUCGACGAUGCCAAAAAGAAUUUCGAGAAGAAAUUCAGAGAUAAAUCCGGCCUUGCAUGGAAGAAUCGCCUCGAUCCUCCGAAGAGCAACAAGUACACCUUUAUCGAACGCAACUACGAGGAAAGUGACGAUGAAGAUGAGAAACCCGACGACAAGCUAGUGAAGCAACCGUCAAGUAUUCCUCCGAGCAAACUGGCGGCCCCGAUCCAGAACCUGAUCAGCUUUAUUUUCAAUCAAAAGUUCUUCCUCGAGACCAUGGCUCAAAUGUCCUAUGACGCCAACAAACUACCUCUUGGCAAGUUGAGCAAGAGAACACUGAUGGCUGGUUACGAGACGUUGAAAGAACUGGCAGAGCUUGCAACUACGCCAAGCUUGGCAGUCUCUAAAUAUGGGAUGCAAUUGCGUCCUGCUAUGGAGCAGCUGAGCAACCGCUACUUUACCACGAUCCCGCACGUUUUCGGCCGGAAUCGACCGCCGGUACUGGACAAUCAAACCUACAUCAAGAAAGAAGUCGAGCUGCUGGAGACCUUGACAGAUAUGGAGAUCACCAAUAGUAUCUUGAAGGACGCAACGAAGAUGGGAGAUGUGAACCCGCUCGACAGCCAGUACGCAGGUCUCGGGAUGCAAGAAAUGACACCACUGGAUCAUACGUCGACUGAAUUCCAGGAGCUUGAAAAGUAUCUCUCAGGUACGCGCGGAGCAACUCACGGUGUGAGAUACAAGGUGAUCGACAUUUUCCGCAUCGAGCGACAAGGAGAGCAUGAUCGCUUCAAGUCAUCAUCAUACGCCGGCAUACAAAACAGCAACCGUCGCUUGCUCUGGCACGGCUCUCGCAGCACCAACUACGGUGGUAUUCUCAGCCAGGGCCUCCGCAUUGCGCCCCCCGAGGCUCCAGUAAGCGGCUACAUGUUCGGAAAAGGUGUGUAUUUCGCGGACAUGUCCAGCAAAUCCGCCGGCUACUGCUGGAGCCACAACAGUGAUGGGAAAGCUCUCCUCCUCCUGGGUGACGUUGAACUCGGUGACCCUAUCUACGAGCUUUACGACUCCGACUACAAUGCUGGAGACAACGCGAAGAAAGAAGGCAAGAUUGCGACCCUAGGAAAAGGCCGGAGUAUCCCCGCUGGGUGGAAAGAUGCCGGCUGCAUUCAUCCAGACCUACAGGGUAUCCAAGUUCCCGACGCGGACUCCGGAACUGCAACCCAUGACUCCAACCAGGGUUACCUGAUGUACAACGAGUACAUCGUGUACGAUGUGGCGCAGAUUCGGCUGAGAUAUCUUUUCUUCGUCGACACGCGGUGA